AUGAGGUUUGAUUUGUCAGCUGUUAUUGCAUUAUUGAUCAGCAAUUUAUGGUUUUUCGCUAGGAUUUGCCGAAGCCAAACGUCUCCAAAUAGAAAUAGGCGAGUCUCUCCUGAUCCUAAAGAUGUGGAUUGGUCAACUCUUCCAGAUCUCUUCCCUAUCGAUGACGAGUUACCUGGCUCAAGCCCUGCCCACAGUUCUAAAGCGACGAUACCUGAGAUGUCACACGACAGGAGUCCUGCGCCAUCAACAGUCUUUGUCAGCGAUAGGAAGAAGUUAAAAGCUGAAAGAGAAAGACGAAACAGUCAACGUCGAAAAAUUGAAUCACCAGAUGCCUAUCAAGCUAUGCUCAAACGAAAAAGGGAACAAAUGAAAUUGUACAAAUCAAGAAUGACACCAAAGCAAUUACAAAUACAUAGAGCAAAGCAUGUCAAAAAUCAAAGAGCUCAUGAAGCUAAGAUGUUGGCGGCCACAGGCUUUCGUAGUAUAUAUCAUGCUGACCUGGAGAAAUUAAGACAAAAUGAAGCACAAGGGACAAUAACACCAGAAGAUGAAAAGAAGCUCGCAAUCAUACGCAAGAAGAAUGUGAUCAGGAAUGAAAAGUAUUUUCCGCGUAAACGAGCCAGACCAAAUAAAAAGAAAGACGGUGAGCAAAGUGGGUAA